AAGGGUUCCGCCAGAAUUCUUCAACCAGGUUAAGAGAAAUUGGCAACCUCCUUUUUUGAUGGAAACUGUGGCGUUAACUGAUACAAAUAUUGACAUCAUACCAAAUAUUGGACAAUUGGCUGACGCAAAUAACAUCACGUCCAAUGUUGAUGAUGUUGAAGAUAAUAACAUAGAUGCUUCAUUUGAUGAACUAAUCAAUGUAACUCGAAAGACGCUUGAUCUUUUGGAAGAACAAAAGUCAAAAGGGAGUACAAGAUGGUGCAAAGGCGUGAAGAGAUAUCUAGUAACAGACGUUGAACAAUAUCGGAGAAAAAGAACGAUGCCACUAACGUGGAAAGGUCAUAAUGGUAGCACUAGAUACUUAGAAUAA